GUCAGGUAAAAACUAUUUCAGUCAUUCUAUUCCUUCCAAGACUAUUCGUCCGCUCAGUGUGGUUAUAGUUGGUGCCAAUCAUAUAAUUCUACGUCUUAAGCAUGGAGCAUGGCAACGAUGAUCAAGUGGAAUCCGAUGUUUCGGCCGAUACUUCUUGCCUCAGUACGACACCAUACUCUCGCUACACUUGUAAACCACCUACAGACUUGUAUUACGAGCGUAACCGUGCACGUAAAUUACGACCCAGAAUGCGUUUAGCGCGAAGAAAGCGCGGCGCCGAUGAAGUCGAGGAAGAACGUUCAGUAGCUCGGACUCUUACUUAUGAGGACUCCGAUCAAUCACCGUCGACCAGCCAAUCCAGGCCUAGUACUCCAGUCAGGAAAGUCGUAUUAGACUACCAGAUCGAACUUCGGGAAUCAUCAAGUCCCGAACCCGAGAAAAACCUUUCUUGGCAGAACGGUGACAGCGCCAUGAUUGCUAGCCGCCUUAUUUCCCAUGCACGAGAAUCGCCCUGCAUGGAUGAUAGGGCCAUUAGUUGCUUGAGUUGCGGAAAGCUGCCGUUGAUGCCUGUUACCAGCUCUUGUGGUCACACCAGAUGCCAAGCGUGUGUACAAGAGUCCGUGAUAUGUACUUGUGGGAUCUCACACACCCCCUGGCUGCUAAAUGUCAAUGUAAUGGUUCAAGGGAUCACCCAAAAAAUCCAAUCUUCUGAGCCAGAUUUAAGGCAGUGGAUGUUGACUUCUGAAGAUGAGGCCGGCGCCCGGGGUGGUGCCGCGUCCACUCCGUCCGUUAUAGAACGCGAACAAGAGGCUGGUCCCUCUGCUGAUGACGGAAUUUCCCGUGGUGAUGACGGGAAUGGAGAGGAAGCGGCAGGUGGUCCAGAACAGAAUGAAAUGAAGGACAAGGAACUGUUCCGAAUGCCGAUUACGCCUCAAGACCGCUUAGAUUACGCGAGCCUUCUCACCCGUGAAGGCAAAUUCAUGGAAGCGGCUCCUCACUUGGCCCGCCUGGCCAUCUCCACCGGCGCCAAUGCUCUCACCGCCCGGAAAAUGCUCGUAGAGGCCAUAUCCGAGUUGUCUAAGGAGGGAGACAUAUCAGAGGUGGAGAAACAGCUGUGCGAUGCGAUCAGCGCACAAGGGACAACCAAGUGGCUGAGCCCUGGCGACUUGGAGUGCGUGUUUUGCUGCGACACCCUCAACGACCCGGUGACCACCCCUUGUGGCCACACCUUCUGCCGCCAGUGUCUGGAGCGCUCCCUAGAUUACAGGAGCACCUGCGCGCUUUGCAUGCAAGUCAUGAUCAAUUUCAACCUCCAGGAGGUGUGCGUCACAGAAAUUGUGCGCGCGGCGCUCGAGGGAAUCGGCGCGAUCAAGCCGCCCGAACCUCGCGACCCCAACCUCCUGCCCAUACUGACCUGCUCGGGCCCUAUUACCUUCCCGGGUGUGCCGUGUCCCCUGUACCUGUUUGAGCCGCGUUACCGCUACAUGGUGCGCCGCAUCAUGGAGAGCGACUGCCGCAGGUUCGGGCUCGUGGCUCAGGAGAGAGAAAGCGGCGAAGUUUCCGACUUUGGCACUAUAUUGGAAGUACACAACUGCAUUCUGCUGCCAGACGGGUGCGCCGUCAUAUCUACUAUUGGCAUCUCCCGCUUCAAGGUCAUCGCGCGCGACACUUAUGAUGGAUGGUGCGACGUAGCCCGCGUGAGCCCAAUCACUGAUAUUCCGAUCGUAAGCAACGACAUUGUGGAAGGGCUCCGCGUGUUGGCGCGUCAUAUCUCGUUCAAGGUCGCCCUGUGGCUCAACUGCUUCAGCAUCCAAACGCGAGAGAAGAUCCAACGCCGUUUCGGUGCCAUGCCCUACAUUGACAUUCAGGGCGAUUGGUGGAGGACCUCUGAUGGCCCCGUUUGGCUCUGGUGGAUUAUCUCCACUCUCCCUCUGUCUAUGGAGAUCCGGGUCCUGAUGCUGUCCACCGACUGUUUGCUGAAGCGCAUGCGCGCCGUCCUGCGAACGUUGGACAGCUGCCUGGCUCAGACUCGCUUCAGUCUGGUCGAGUACGAGUUGACUCUCAAGGAGUGGUGGGACCAGCGGCCCUUGUGAUCACUCACACCCCCCGCACCCGCCGCACCCGCCACAACCGGCAUGCCACGCCGACGCCGAAUGCACUUUUUCACCUACGGCCAAUACUACUAUUGCACCGUUGUUGCUUACCAAGUCAACAACCACGUGUAUUUCUCAUAUUCUCUACCUUUUGUAUUACUCUAAAUAUAAUUAUCCAUCUAAUAAACAGGGUUAUAUGUGAUUGUAAACUUUCGUCAAAUGUGCACGUUUACACCUAUUAACAUAAUAAACUCUUAUAUGUCUGUUUAGAAAGGGUAAGUGUGCCAAAAUCUACAUAGUAUUCAGGUUUUUUGCACACAUCCUUCUCUUUUGAUAAAUGUCAAUGUUUAUAUUUAAAAAAAUAGCUCUAUAUAUAGAGCACACUGAUAUAUUUGUAAGUCGACCCUCCAUUUUCUCGUAAUAGGUGCAAUUAAAUUGUAUGCAGUAUUUUCCCGUUCACGGACGCUCAAGGAGAUACAAAAGUAGUUAAUGUGUUAGAACUGUUAUGGGCAGUAGUGCAUUCGCGGACGUAUUUAGAGCCAUUUUGUGGAUUAUCUCCACUUCUAUAUUCAAUUUAAAAUAAGUGUAUCAUGUUCAUUAGGUCGUGUGUUCUUUUUUGAUUCGCGCAUGAGAUAGUGCUAUAAUAAUUUAAGACAAUGAAAAUAAAUGUUGUUGUAGUAGUUAAGUCGAAGUGUUUUAAAGACAUAUCCAUUCUACUCCCUUUCUAUAAUACUGAUUGUCAAUUAUUUUGAUCUUGAAAGGACAUACCUAUUGAGACUGUCUUAUAUACCGUACUAUUAAGUUUCAAUUUAGUAUAUAUGAUAAUAGUAUACUUGCAUUUAAUUUUAGUUAUUGAAGAUAGAAGCAGUGGCAUGUGGUUUACCUUACUAUUACCAGAACGUGUUGUACUAUCAAUGGAAUGGAACUUAUCAUCUAAUUUAAUCUCUGAACUGAAACAAAUAGGACUAAGAUACAAUUUGUGGUUUGUCUUUCUUUUAUAGAUAUAUAGUCUACAUUUUAGGAUAACCCACAUAUAUCUGAUUGUAUUAAGAUAAUCUGUCUUUAAAUUAUAGAUAUAUAGUCAACAUUUUGAUAAAGUCAGUAACCCUUAUAAAUCUGAUUAUAUUAAGAUAAUCAAGUAAUUAAGCUAUUAACAGUAAUCAAGAGAAUAUUUAGUGUGACCAUAACUUUAGUAAUGUCAUUCUAAAUAUUCUUUAGAAAGCGGAAUUUGAUCUCAUUAAUUUCGGGUUUUUAUUUUACGAGAUUUGAAAUUUUGAAAAAUGGUUGCAGUAGACGUUUCUUUUAUAAUCAGAGAAUACGUCUUGGCUUUAUAGCACUUAACUUGAUCUUGAGUUUCGUCUAAUAAAACUUAUGUAAAUAUAAAACCUAUAUAGAUAUAAGACCUACCUACAUGGAUAUAAUCAUAAGUCUAUUUACUAUUUUAGUGUAUAAAGUCUCGCUGUGAUUUAUCAUAAUACUAAGUAUACCAAGCACGAACGACGAAUGUAUUUUCUAUGCUCCAUCCUACUUAAGUAUUGAAUAGUUUCCUUAAAACAUCUUUCGAAAGUUGAUCAUGCAUACUCUACUUAGAAUGUUAGAUGUAAUUUGCGUCCCAUUAUAUCCGUUUCGGAAAAUCGAGUUUAUAUAUCGAAUUAAAUUAAUAUGUAAUUCUAUAUUUGCAUGUUACUCAUUUUGCUUAAUGUUACAAAUGUUUAAACGCAAAAUAGCGUACAAUUAUUUCAUGAACCCCAUUGCACCCCUCGGCUUAACUGUCCACCCUCACAUGCGAUUCGAGUGGAUAAGUGGAUAAGCCUUGGGUCAGAUCCGGAAUCAUCAGUCACUUGAUGUGCAUCAAAUUAGAAAUAGUCAUACCACUAAUUAAUAUUUGAUGUUAUGGUACCUAAUGCAAUUCUUGUAAGUGUUGUAUCUGUGAUUGUUACAUAAAAAAAAUUAGAUUAUUAUUUUAUUAUUUUAUUUUUAAUUUUUAUGUUGUUUUUUUUUUAUUUUGUUAUAUUUAAAAAAUUAUUCACUCGUCUUUGCACAAAUGCCAAGGACCUAUUUAGUGACUUAAAUAUUAAAACAAUGUGUAGGUUAUGCUGUUAACUGUCGUGAAUUAGCAUUUAUUAAUUAUUUCCCUCCAAUUAUUAAUUCCCUACACAUUUUAAUUUUGAUUUGGCAUUGGUAAUUGUUGUUAAAGUUUAUUUUGUUAUUCUUUUUUAUUUACUUGUAGUUUUUCUGAAAAUGUUUGGUAAAUGUUGUUAGUUGAGAAUCUAAAGUUUAUUUUGUUGUUCUUUUUUAUUUCCUUGUAGUUUUUCUGAAAAUAAAGGUUUCAAUGUCA